AUGGAGGGAUUAGUUGAUUCCAUAGAUCGAGGGUGGAAUGUAUCUCGGGGCGAGAAUACACCGGGUUUGGUUGACAGGAUCUCUAACUGUCGCCACGAGAUAUCAGUGUGGAGGAAAACAAAUCAGCCGUACGGAAGACUAAAAAUAGCGGAGUUGCAACAGGCGUUGGAGCGGGUACAAGAUGACGAUAAUGGCACCCAGGAGGAGCUCGCAGACAUCACAAACAAGUUACAGGAAGCCUAUCGAGAUGAAGAGGAAUAUUAG